AUGACUUACACACCUUCGAAGGGUCCCAAGACCCUUUACGACAAGGUCUUUGAUGCCCACGUUGUUCACAAGGACGAAUCAGGAUCAUACUUACUUUAUAUUGACAGACAUUUGGUCCAUGAAGUCACUUCCCCACAAGCCUUUGAGGGUUUGAAAGAUGCUGACAGAAAGGUCAGAAGAAGAGACUGCACUUUAGCGACGGUCGACCACAACAUUCCAACUUGGUCCAGAAAGAACUUCAAGAGCCCAGAAACCUUUAUCAAGGAAGCAGACUCUCUGCUGCAAGUGCAAACUCUGCAACAGAAUGUUAAAGACUUCGAUGUUCCCUUCUUUGGCAUGACAGAUGCCAGACAGGGUAUUGUUCAUAUCAUUGGACCUGAGCAAGGUUUUACUCUACCAGGUACCACCGUAGUCUGUGGUGACUCGCACACAUCGACCCACGGUGCCUUUGGCUCGUUAGCGUUUGGUAUCGGAACUUCUGAGGUUGAACACGUUCUCGCCACACAGACGAUCAUCCAAGCCAAAUCCAAAAACAUGAGAAUUUUCGUGGAGGGCAAACUGAGUCCAGGCGUCACUUCCAAGGACCUUAUUUUGCACGUAAUCGGAGUUAUUGGUACCGCUGGAGGUACUGGCUGUGUUAUUGAGUUCGCAGGUGAGGCUGUGGAGGAGUUAUCGAUGGAAGCGCGUAUGUCCAUCUGUAAUAUGGCGAUCGAAGCUGGUGCUAGGGCUGGUAUGAUCAAGCCUGACCAAAUUACUUUCGACUACGUGAAGGGUAGACCAUUGGCCCCCAAGGAGCAGGAAUGGGAGAAGGCUGUUGCCUAUUGGAACACCCUGCACACCGACGAGGGUGCCCAGUUCGACUACGACAUAAAAAUCAAGUCCAAGGACAUCAUCCCCACUAUAACGUGGGGAACUUCACCUCAAGAUGCACUGCCUAUUACGGCCUCUGUGCCAGACCCUACUAAUGUGUCUGACCCUAUCAAGAAGUCCAUGAUGGAGGGUGCUUUGAAGUACAUGGGUUUGAAGCCUAACACCCCUCUCAAGGAGAUCUCGAUUGAUAAGGUCUUUAUUGGAUCAUGUACCAAUGCGCGUAUUGAGGAUCUGAGAGCUGCUGCCGCGGUUGUUAAGGGUCACAAGAAAGCCGAAUCUGUGAAGUUGGCCAUGGUCGUUCCCGGGUCCGGUCUGGUUAAACAGCAGGCGGAGAAAGAAGGCCUAGACAGAGUGUUUGAGGAGGCUGGUUUUGAAUGGAGAGAAGCCGGCUGCUCGAUGUGUCUUGGUAUGAACCCUGACAUUUUGGACCCCGAGGAACGUUGUGCUUCAACUUCAAACAGAAACUUCGAAGGUCGCCAAGGUGCCAGAUCUCGUACCCACCUGAUGUCUCCUGCAAUGGCUGCUGCUGCUGGUAUUGAAGGCCGUUUUGUUGACAUCAGAGAGUUCCAGUACAAAGAUAACGAUGUUCCAAAGGUUUCUAUUGAGCAAGAGACCGAGGACAAGGCUUUGCAAGACGCUGUCUACGAGCAUGAAAAGCAACCACUGCCAGAAGGCGAAUCAGUUCAAGAGCAAAAGGAUGAUGAGGUGAAGGAUAUUCCUGCCACCAACCACACGAUUCACGAAAGCCCAAUCAAAAACGGUAAGGCUUCCUCUGCUCCAGCCGGUAUGGAGCCUUUCCUGACCGUUAGUGGUGUUGCUGCUCCUGUUGACAAGGCCAACGUUGACACUGACGCUAUCAUUCCAAAACAAUUUUUGAAAACCAUCAAAAGAACUGGGCUGAAAAAGGGUUUGUUCUACGAGUGGCGUUUCACCAAGGACGAAAAUGGCAAUGAAGUUUCACUGAACUACAUUUUGGACACUGAACCUUACGCCAAAUCAAAAAUUCUUGUUGUCACAGGUGAUAACUUUGGGUGUGGUUCAUCCAGAGAGCAUGCCCCUUGGGCCUUGAAAGAUUUUGGCAUCAAGUCAAUCAUCGCACCAUCUUUCGGUGACAUUUUCUAUAACAACUCAUUCAAAAACGGUUUGUUGCCUAUAAGGCUUCCUCAAGAAGUUAUUCUAGAAAAGCUAUACCCUGUUGCUCAAUCCGCAGGCUCCCUAGUUAUUGACCUUCCCAACCAACAAAUCCUGGACUCCAACAACAACGUGUUAGUGGAGCACUUUGAUGUUGAAGACUUCAGAAAACAUUGCUUGGUUAACGGUUUGGAUGACAUCGGUAUCACUUUGCAGAAGGAGGAGCUCAUUUCGAAGUACGAGGCCAAGAGAAAAGUUGAGUUCUCCUUCUUGGAAGGUGGCUCUGGUGGAGUUAGACCUAUUGUGGGUUCCAAAAAGAGCCCUUACGGAAAUACCGCUCAAGAGUGGUGA